AUGGCGAAAGAUUCCGAGAAGAGGUUCAAUUCCGUCAUGGACAAGCUCUUCUACGCUCCCAGACCUUCGCCGAGCUCCACCUCCAGUUCAUCGAGUCUAGAAGCAUCGAGAGGUAAGAAGCGAGCACAUCCGUCGUCUGCAUUGGCGCUGGUGGAGCCGAAAUCGAGAGGUGUUAGAGAGCAGGGGUUUCGGCAUUGCUCAGCUCCGGCUUCACCGUCUCAGCCACCGGUGUGUAGGCCGUGGGACCGAGGGGAUCUUAUGAGGAGAGUAGCUACAUUUAAGUCUAUGACUUGGUUUGCAAAGCCGAAGGUGGUAAGUGCUUUAAAUUGUGCCAGGAGAGGUUGGAUCAACAUAGAUGUGGAUAUAAUAGCCUGUGAAUCAUGUGGGGCACGCCUUUUGUUUUCUACUCCAUCAUCUUGGAAUCAACAGCAAGUUGAGAAAGCAGCUUUGGUAUUUAGUUUAAAGCUGGAAAAUGGACAUAAAAUGCUUUGUCCAUGGAUUGACAAUGCCUGUGAUGAAAAGCUGGCAGAGUUCCCACCUACACCACCUCCAAUUUUAGUGGAUAAGUUUAAAGAGCGAUGCUCUGUGAUUUUACAACUUCCGGUUCUUCCUGUGAUUUCUUCUUCAACCAUUCAGUACAUGAAAUGCCCUCAGCUUGAUCAAUUUCUUGGACAUACUUCGAUAUUUUUUGGCAAUGGGUCUGCUGAAAUUUCUAGAAUAGAACACUCUGAUGAUGAAGGCAGUGCAGAGUCUGCUAAGUUGUAUUAUCAGGCACAGAAGAUUAUAAGCUUAUGCGGCUGGGAACCUCGCUCACUACCUUAUAUUGUCGACUCUGGGAAGAGGUUGAAUCAGUCUACAGCAAAGGAAAAUGUUUUGAGUUCUUCUCAUUUAGCUGCUAACAGCCAAUAUCCUAUCAUCAGUGUGCAAUCUGCUAGUAAUCAUGACCUAAUUGAGGAAAAUGAAACUUUCAGCAGUUCUAGUGCUCUACAGUCUGAGUCCAAUUCUGUGGUAUUAGAUUGCAAGCUUUGUGGAGCUAGUGUAGGAUUAUGGGCGUUCACUACCGUUCCACGGCCUGUUGAGUUAUUUCAUUUAGUUGGAUAUGCAGAAGAAAAUUCUGGAACUCAUCCUGGAACCAAUGAUUCAAGCACUGAAAGUCAUCUUGCUGGCUCAGAUGGUGCAACAUCGUCAAAGGAUAGAUUUUCAAAUUUAAAUUUGACAAUUGCUGGGGGUCCCACACCAACAAAACAGAACUUUAAAGCAAAGAUCUCCUUACCUGUUAUUGGCCAGAAUUUAAGAGCUCAGUUUUCAUAUAACUCUGAAUUCAGAGACUGUUUAUCUGUUAAUCAAGAAGACAUGCAAUCUGGACCCCAAAAAGAGAACCUGCUUCAGGGGGGAGAAUGCUACCUAGAAAAUGCAGCAAAUAGUGCAUUGGAGAAUUCAGAAGUCAGGGACCCUGGUCAUCCUACAUCACCUGGUGCCAACAACGCAUAUGAAGGCAGUGAAGACAACAAUAACUUGCUGGUGAUGGCUUCUAGCAAUGGAAAUUUGUUAGAUUCAGGAACAGUUGUGGAGCACAGGCAGAUUCAAGAAUCUCCAUGUGCUCCGUCUAGCUUGCAAACCAGUGCAGUUGCCCAUUGCACCUCAAACCAUGAAGGUAGUGGAGAGAAACUGCUGAUUCCUGUAAACAAGGAACUUGUGGCAUGCAGUGGGAAAGAUCUUAAGCAUGCAUCACCAGGUGGCACGAUGGAGUUUGAUUCUAUUAAGCAGCAUAGACAUUUCUGCCCCUGGAUUGCAUCAACAGGUAAUGGAGUACCUGGAUGGAAACAAACACUGUUGGCUUUACAACGUCAAGAAGGGUGUUCUCCUUCAUCUGCAUCCAUAAUCAAGGUCGAUGACCCCAUUACUUCGAUUAGAAAUCUGUUCAUGUCUCCAUCUCCGAAAAGAAUGAAGCCCACACUUUCAACAACCCGGAGUCCACAACAAUAGCUGAUUGGUUAUUUUGCUGCUUGAGAAAGGGUCCCCAAGCAGGUCCAGAAGUGUUGUGAUUAUGAUAUUGAAGUAGACUGUAGCCUCCCAAUUGAAAGCCAAGUUGUACAAGAUUAGACCUAUGACUUUCCUUUGAUACCUUUCCUGCCAGAGUGUAGCUCGGGCAUUACAGACAUCAAACUGUGGCAUUCACCUGGUCGAUUAAGCAACUUACGAUUUGAAGAAACAUGGUAUAUAGGUUUUUGAGAGAUUGAAGCUGAUUUGACCAAGACAAGAUUAUUGAAUGUAUCGCCUGGAAGUCUCUUACAAAAAUUUAGAACAAAAAAUAGGGCUGGGAAGUGUUCUUUUACUGCAUCAGGCCACAGUUUGUGACAACUACCUUGGCGUAAGGGCGGUUGAAUCCUCUUUCUGCCACAACAGCUCUCUUAUCUCCAAUCAGCUUGGCCACCCUGCCAGCAAAACAGCAAUUGCUUGUUAGUGUAUAACUGUAUCAUUACAAAUGUGGAAGUCUGGGAGGAUUGGAAGGUAAGAAGCUGCAGAUGGUUUAGUUCUUAUGUCAUUGUACUGUGCUUCGUUAAUUCCUAUAUCUGUUUUGAAAAGGUCGUGAUACACUAAUUUUGAUCACUCGUUAUGAGUGGUAUGUGUUUGCGAAGAGCGGAAAUUUUCUUAUGUUUGCUCACGUUUUUUCUAUAUAAAGUUGUUGUGGC